AAAAGAUGGCACUGUGCUGAACAAUACUCGGAUCCGAUCUGAAAUCAUGGAAAAAUUAGCUGACUACAUGUACAGCUACACACCCUACCCUACAGGCCUUCAGAUCGGUGAGGUGGCCGAGGCUUUAGUCAGAAACCAUCCAUGCCUGACAGAGCUAGGCAGUCGUAAUGGCUGGCUUGGGUGGAUGUACAGUCUUAAAUAUAAGAUGGGAAAUUACAGGUCAAAGCUCCGAAACCUUGGAUUUCCUGAGGUUGCCUGCAACUCACUUAAGAACAAGCACCCAGAUGAUUGGUCCCCUGCAAAGAAUAUAAAGAAAGCACGGAAAGGAGAAGUUGUGUUUCUCCCACACUAUCCUGCUGGAGACUGUAAGGAACAACAAGAGCUAGACCGAAACCAACUUAUCGCUGAAUCAAAAAAGAGAGACAGCACAGUCAUCAAGGACUUGAUGUCCAGAACCUUUGCACAUCGGAGACAUGAUGUUGUCAGGCUACAGAUGAGCAUCAGUGACAUCAAGGACAGAUGGCCUGCCUUGUUUGAUGUCUCGCAAAUUAGCGCAGAGUUUCAGAGGAUCACCACACUGAAUCUUGAGCCAAAAUUCAUGGCAAUGUUGGACAUCUACACACCUAAACUGUUGUCCUUGUUUCAAUCAAGGAAAUGUGCUGCAGGAGAGAGACAACGGGCACAAAUGAAUGUUCUACUUCAGGUAUUAAAAUGUAUCCUCCUAUUCAAUUUAUAGCUUACCUGCAAUAAUCAUAAUUCCAUCUGUCUCAUUCACAUUUCUCUUCUUUAAGUUAAUCACCAUCACUAAUUACAUAUUCAUAACC